UUGUGUGCAUUUUGCUUUGAGGAAUGCCGAGAGAAGCACAUAGAGAUGGUGGAGUUUUUCGAAUGAGACAUAUCAACAUAACCUUCUCAACACAAUAGCUCAAUAAUCUAUUUAAUAUGAAAAUGCUGAAGCCCUCCAGUCACAUAUCUUCCAUUUGCCAAGUAGAACAAAAUUGCUCAUCUCAUCAGUUCUGCUACCUAGAAUUCUAGUGUCAUUUCUUUUUCUUAGAAGAAGCUCCUUUGAACUAUAAAAGACUUGUACUUUCUUUUCUCUUCCCCUCAUUGCCUUUAUCAUUGUAAUAUAUCAAUGCAUGCAUGUAGACUCUAUAAAAAAAUCCAUCUUUUGUCUCCAUUUUUCAUUGGGAUGAUGUGCCAAAGGCUAAUAAAAGAUAAUUUUAUCAUUAAUAUUACAAAAUUACAACUGAAUCUUCAGACCACCAGAUGUGACUUCGUUAAGCAAACUAGUCGGAUAAAGGCUUGGACCCUCCACGAACCGAAAAAUCGAAGGCUUGCAGCAUUCCCAAAAUGCCCCUCCCCUUCCCCGGAAGACCCCCGGCGAUCCCACCGCCGACCACCCCGGGCGCUCUGUGCGACCUCCUCCUCUCCCUCUCCGCCGCCCGCGCCCUCCCUCAGGGCCAGCAGCUCCACGCCCACCUCUUCAAGUCUGGCGCAGUCCCCUCCGCCGCCGCCCGCUCCGCCGCCGCUCCCCUCUCCAACCACCUCAUCACCUUCUACGCCCGCUGCGGCCUCCCCCUCCUCUCCCGCCGCGCCUUCCUCGACCUCCCCGCCUGCCCCCGUCCCCCCGCCCCCGCCUGGUCUGCCCUCAUCUCCGCCCUCGCCCAGAAUGACCUCCCAGCCGACGCCCUCGCCGCCUUCCGCUCCAUGCUCGUCGCCGGCGUCCCCCCAUCCGACCGCACCCUCCCCUCCGCCGCCAAAGCCUGCGCCUCCCUCGCCCUCCCCUCCCUCGCCCGCUCCCUCCACGCCCUCGCCCUCAAAUCCCCCUUCCGUGCCGACGUCUUCGUCGCCUCCGCCGUCGUUGACAUGUACUCCAAGUGCGCCCUCCUCCUCGACGCUCGCCAGCUCUUCGACGAGAUGCCCCAACGCAACGUCGUCUCCUGGAGCGCCCUCAUCUUCGGCCACGCCCAGGCCGGCCUCGACGCCGACGCCUUGAACCUCUUCAAGGCCGCCAUUGCUGAACCCGGCAUCGACCCCAACGACUUCACCUACUCCUGCGUAGUCCGCGUCUGCAGCACCGCCACUCUCCUCGACCUCGGCUGCCAGAUCCACGCGCGCUGCGUCAAGUCCAGCUUCGACGCCUCCCCUUUCGUCGGCAGCUCCCUCAUCUCCCUGUAUUCGAAAUGCGGCCUCCUCGACUACGCGUAUCAGAUAUUCGACGAGAUGCCCGAGAGAAACCUAGGCGCCUGGAAUGCCAUCCUCAUCGCCUUCGCCCAGCACGGUCACACCCGCGCCGCCUUCGACUUCUUCAAACAAAUGGAAGCCGCUGGCUUCCAGCCCAACUUCAUCACCUUCCUCUGCCUCCUCACCGCCUGCAGCCACGCCGGGCUGGUCGACGACGGCAAGCGGUACUUCACGCUGAUGUCGCAGCGCGGUAUCCAUCCCGAGCCGCAGCACCACGCUGCAAUGGUGGACAUGCUCGGCCGGGCGGGACGAAUCCCAGAGGCGGUAUCGUUUAUCGAGUCCAUGCCGCUGGAGCCAACGGAGUCCGUGUGGGGCGCACUGAUCACGGGCUGCCGCAUCCACGGGGACACGGAGACGGCAGCCUACGCGGCCGGAAAGCUCUUCGAGACGGGCUCCGUGAGCUCCGGCGCUCACAUGCUGCUCUCCAACGCCUACGCGGCGGCGGGGCGGUACGCGGAGGCGGCGCAGGCGCGGAAGGCCAUGCGCGACCGCGGAGUGCGCAAGGAGACGGGGCUCAGCUGGAUGGAGGCGGGGGCGCGGGUGCACACCUUCGUGUCCGGCGACCGGUCGCACCCGAGGAGCGAGGAGAUAUACGGGGUUUUGGAGGAGGUGGAGGAGAGGAUGGAGAGGCUCGGGUACGAGGCGGACACGAGCCAGGUGCUGAGGGAAGUGGGAGGGGAGGAGAAGCGGCGGGCGAUCAGGUACCACAGCGAGCGGCUGGCGAUCGGGCUGGGGCUCUUGAUGGUGCCGGAAGGGAGACCCAUCAGGGUGAUGAAGAAUCUGAGGGUGUGCGUGGAUUGUCACACGGCGAUCAAGUACUUGACGAGGUGCACCGGACGGACGGUCGUGCUUAGAGAUAACAAUCGGUUUCACCGGUUUGAGGAUGGGGUGUGCUCCUGCGGGGACUAUUGGUAAAAAUACAAGGGUUUUUUUUUUUUACCUUGUCACCCCCCAUCCUCCUCGAGAAGUUAUCCCCAACAUCAUGUGCACCACAUCAAUCUAAUUUACCAAUCCUAGAGGCUUCAUGUGGCUCGUCUUGGAUUGUCGCCCGCCGACCGCAUCAUGAGACACGUGGUGUAGGGUAUAAUUUCUUCUAAUCCUCCUGCUAUUUGUUGUUUAUUAUUCAUUUUAUUUAUUUUAUUUAUUAAAACUCUGCUGAUAUAGAUCUCACGAUACUUUCUUGUUUAUGAAUUUCUAAGCAUUUACAUUA